GGCUCGAGAGCGCAAGAGGAGCUGGUCGGUAACGGAGGACCGAAUGCCAAUCUCAUUGAGAAAGCGCCUUCAUUGCGCGUGAGAGACGGGAGGGACAGACGUUUCUAGCGCUGCACACAUAGACAGACAAGACACAGGAAGCUCUGGGGAACUCGGGGAAAGGGUGCAUUUUCUCCGCCUCAAGAGGAAGUUAAGGACAAAUCUCUCGCUAAAAUAAAUCUUAAAAGGGGCUGUGGGCACGCGGGAGUCGCCUUUGCGAGUAACUUGUGGGAUUUAUCGGGAAUUGUUUCUGAAAGGAGACCUGGCUUCCCUGUCCACACGUUUAUAUUUCAUUUUGUUCAUUUAAUUUCAUUUCAUCAGCUGCCCUAAACAACUGUCAUCUCCCGAAUUGCCGUAGUCUAUUGCAGCAGCGCAUUGUGCGUAAAGACAGAGACAGCAGCCUUUUCCGCGGACGGGUCAGGCACUUGCCUUCUUCACUUGCGUUUUUGUACUCUAUUUAUAUCCAAGCCUUUAUUUAUUUUUGGGACUUUUCCCGUCUGUUUUGGGGCGUCGGUGGUGAUUUCUGUGGAAUAUGGUGGGGGAAAUGGAAACGAAAGAGAAGCCGAAGCCGACCCCUGAUUAUCUGAUGCAGCUCAUGAACGAUAAGAAACUGAUGAGCAGUCUGCCCAACUUCUGCGGGAUCUUCAACCACCUCGAACGGCUUCUCGACGAAGAGAUCAGCAGGGUACGAAAGGACAUGUACAACGACACGCUAAACGGCAGCACGGAGAAGAGAAGCUCCGAGCUCCCGGACGCCGUCGGCCCCAUCGUUCAGCUCCAAGAGAAACUCUUUGUGCCUGUUAAAGAAUAUCCUGAC